CACCUGUCGGGGCAGGUAUGUGAGGUGGGACGGGGGUGAGGAGCAGGAGAUUCGAUAUAAACCGUCUCCCUGAAGCCUUGUGAAUUAUUUCCAGGGUUCAGCAUGAAGGGGAUUCAGGUGUGGUUCAGCCUCAGCUUCCUGCUCUACACUCGUCCCGAGAUGGUUGGCACAACUUGGACGUCGGCUGGCAUCGAGCCCCGAUGCGAGGACUUUCCCUAUCACCCUGUGUGCCCACUGGUCCUGCAACCUCUCUGUGGGACUAACGGAGUCACUUUCACCAGCCUCUGCAACCUGUGCCUCUACAACUGGGGAACUGGCUUCAAGAUUAAAAUUCUUCAUGAAGGUGUGUGUGACUUGGUGACCGGCCCCACAGAACUAAGAAUAAAGAAGACAAAAAUAUAA